UCUUUUUAGUAUAUGCUAUUAAAUAAUUUUAAUGUCAAUUAAAAUAAUUCAAAUGAAAACUCUGUUAUUCUUUAUAGGAAGUUUUUUUGUAACAUCUUUAGUCAUUGGAAAUGCCUUUUACCAAAAAAAACAAUUUUACCCAGCUAUAGUAUACCUUACCAAAUCUAAUCCAAGCUUAGCUAUAAUAUAUUUGCAAAUAUUUGUCUUUGCACUAGCUCUGGUCAAAUUCACUAAAACUUUAUACUUUGGCCAACUAAGACCAGCUGAAGUUGAACAUAUAAUGGAAAAAGGAUGGUUUGCCAUUACAGAGACUUGCUUAGCCUUUACCUUGUUUAGAGAUGAAUUUACACCACGAUUUAUUGCACUCUUUGGUUUUUUACUUGUUGUAAAAUGUUUUCAUUGGAUUGGGGAAGAAAGGGUAGAUUAUAUGGAACGAAGUCCAAUCAUUACUAUACUAUUCAAGAUCAGAAUGAUAGCCCUGAUAAUCACGCUAACCGCCAUAGAUACCUUUUUCGUUAACAUGGCCUAUUACGAGACCAUCAUGAAAGGAGCAAGUGUUCAGUUAGUCUUUGGGUUCGAGUAUGCCGUACUUUUUUUGUUGAUACUGAAUAUUCACAUCAAAUUCACGUUACACCUGGUCGAUUUGAGAAGCGUCACGCCUUGGGAAAACAAAGCUACUUAUCUCCUAUUCCUGGAACUCAUCAUGGGCUUUCUCAGAGUGGUGCUCUACCUAGCUUUCCUCCUUGUCAUGAUGAGGCUCCACACGUUUCCUUUAUUCGCUGUGCGGCCCAUGUACAUGGCAUUCAAAAAGCUGAAAGGUACCGCCAAGGAUCUAAUCAUGUCUAGGAGGGCCAUAAACUACAUGAACACGCGCUAUCCUCAUCCGGAUCCCACUACUGAUUUCCCAGGUUCCGCUUCCCAAGGCUUAGCGGGAGCUCAAAACCUCGAAAGUUCUCAGACGUCGCAAGAAGGCGUUGAUGCAAAAAACGCUGGAGAUGUACCUGGGACCUCUACCACGUUUUCUGCACUCCUGUGCAUAAUAUGCCGUGAGGAAAUGAAACCCCAAGCCUACACAGCUUGCAAAAAGCUUCCGUGUUCCCACAUUUUCCAUUCAUCCUGCCUUGCCGGAUGGUUUAGGCGUCAACAGACUUGUCCCACAUGCCGACUCGACGUUUUAAAGGCCCCGCCAGCCCCUGUAAUCCCCGCUGGAUCUUCCUUUUCUCCUCAAAAUGCUAACGGUGCUAACCCAGAAACUAUGCUACGUAACGCCUACCCAUACUUUAAUCCAGGAUACAACCCACAAUUAUAUCCUUUACCUCCUAAUUUUAAUCCUGCCCCGAAUUUUCUAAACUUUACUCCGAACGUUAAUGCAAACACAAUUAACCCAAAUUCUUAUGGCUAUCAAUUUAUGCCUACCCCACCUUUUCUACCUCCUCCACCAUUUUUUUGGCCCUUCCCUCCCAGGAUGGAAUUUAAUAUUCCAACUAAUGACUCAUCGCCUGCAGCAGAAUCAGUCCCUGGUACGUCAUCGUCUCAAACGACAAAUCCCACAGAUGCUCCUAACCCCAGCUCAUUUUCUAAUCCCGGAUUUAUCCCUUCUUUCCCUACACCCCCUAAUCUGGCUUCCUUGUCCGAGGAAGAAUUACGAACGAUGGAAGGGAACGAGAAAAGGAAUCUGGAGAACAGAAUUCAGUGUUUAAGGAAUAUACAGAUACUUUUAGACUCCGCCGUUAUUCAAAUGCAUCAAUACACGACUGUCGUGACUAAUUUAAGAAGUCCUGAUAGUACUAAUAAUAAUGAUCAAAUCUUUGGCAGAAACAUUUCAAAUGACGCAACAUCCAACAGAUCCUCAAAACCUUCCGUUAUUACCGAUGUUAACAAAAAGGACGAAAUUUCGACGGCAAUAACCAAAGAUACCACUACUUCUAUAGGAAAUACUGAUCCAGAAAUCAGAAAAAGACGUUUAGAAAAAUUGGAGAAAACUACUUCUUAAAUUAAACGCGAAUUUGAUUCAUUUUUUUUAAUAUUUAUUUUAUCAAAUAAAAAUAUCAAUUAUUUUUAUACAGGAAUAAUAUAAAAUAUUUAUUUUUUGGAUAUUUAAAAUAAAUCCUAUGUUUUGAUAAAAUAUGUGGUAUAUGUAAUUUAGUAAAAGUUUUUUUAUGUAUAUUUUUUUUUCUUCAAUGAUUGGCCAUAUUGCAA